CCGAACAUUUUCCACUGCAGGAGCUCAACGCACGGGUCGCCAUCACCUUGACAUCAGCUUUAUGUCCUACACUCCUGAAGCUUUUCCCAGACCGAUGCUCGGAUAAUCAUCAACACUCGCCAUCUACAAAGUCCAGAGUGCCGCCUCCGCCAUGGCAACCACCUCCCUCCACCACACCCUCCGCCAAGUCAUCAACACCCCCCUGGAAUUCCUCUACCAACUCCUCCAAUACUUCCUCUCGUGGCUCCUCUCCCCGACACCCCCACCACCCAAUGCCCACCUCGGCCGCCCCAAGAUCGCCAUCAUCGGCGCCGGGCUAACCGGCGUCUCCUCCGCCUCCCACUGCGUCGGCCAUGGCUUCGACGUCACCAUCUUCGAAGCCGGCGACCGCGACAGCCUCGGCGGCAUCUGGGCGCGCGUGAACAACACCUCCGGCCUGCAGAUCCACUCGCUCAUGUACCGCUUUCACCCUAGCGUGACGUGGAGCCGCGGCUACCCGGAUCGCGAGCAGAUCGUUGGUCAGAUCACGGAGCUGUGGAAGAGGUACGGUUUGGAGGAGAAGACUGUUUUCGACACCAAGGUCGACAAGGUGUACAAGGAUGCGCAGGACCGGUGGAUUGUCAACAAUGAGUCUUAUGGGAGAUUCGAUGGGAUCCUGGCGUGCGUGGGUACUUGUGGUGAUGCUAAGAUGCCGCAUCUCAAGGGCCAGGAAGAUUUUAAGGGACAAAUCUUCCACUCUUCUGAAUUGGAUGGGAAGGACGCCAAGGGAAAGAAGAUUCUUAUCAUUGGUGGUGGUGCAUCGGCUGUUGAAGCGCUGGAGUUUGCUGCGCAUGCGGGUGCGGAGAAGUCGUACAUUCUCUCGCGCAGCGAGAAGUGGAUCAUCCCGCGGAACUUUGUCGUCGACAUCCUUCUCUCCCUCAACAUCUUCGGCUCCGAGACCAUCUUCUCGUGGAUCCCCGAAGGCCUGCUCCGCCUCUUCUUCUACCGCGACCUCGCCGACCUCUCCCCUCCAAAGGGCAGCAGCACCGGCCUCUUCACCGAAACGCCGAUGGUCAACAGCGACGUCUUCAACCAAAUCCGCUCCGGACACGCCGAGUGGCUGCGCGGCGACAUCAAGCGCUUCUCCAGCAACGGCAAAGGCAUCCUCUUCAACCACCGCUCGCAAGGCGUGCCCAAAGACGGUCCCGGGCGCGAAGAGCUAAUCGAAGGCGACAUGGUAAUCCUCGCCACCGGCUACGAACGCCCCACCCUCUCCUUCCUCCCGCCGGAGUGCUUUGAGAAGAAAUACGAACCCCCCAAUUGGUACCUGCAAGUCUUCCCGCCGCAGCACAUGGACAUCUGCGCCAACAACUGCACGUAUGUCAGCGCCAUUGGGACCGUGGGCAACUACCACAUCGGCAUCUACACGCGCUUUCUGCUCAUGUUCCUCGUCGACCCGCUGACGCAGCCCACGGAGCGUCUGAUGAAGCUGUGGAUCGACUUCACGCGCUGGGUGAAGAAGCGGGCGCCUGCGGGUGCUUUUGAGUUCUUCACUUACGCCGAGCUGCUGUAUUGGUUCUGCUUUGUCAUCCUCAUCAACCCUUUCCGCUGGAAGUGGGCGUUGUUUGUGAUGUGUGGGAUUGGGGUUGCGUUGCCCAAGCAGAUUGUCAUGCAGGAGGAUCGUGUGCGGGCUGAGUUGGGCAUUAAUGGGUCGUGGAGGGAGAAGAAUUUGAAGGAUUAGGCAUGUGGUAGACAAAUGGGUUUGAACGGGCGAGGGCGGAGAUGCAUAGACGAUACACAUAGAUAUGGACUCUUGCACCUUUCUUGUAGAGAGAGAAUGGGAGAAGGCUGAGGUCAGGAGCACGUGACUGAAGGCAGGCCGACCCUGCGCACUUCUCAGUCCGGCAUCCAUCGUCAGGCAUUGGUGCUGCUGCCUGUGCUGACUGUGUCAACGACGACGACACGCUUACCCCGUCUCCACCAGCCUUGUCAUAGGGCUCUUUUCUAUCUAUAAUGCUCUCUCCAUGUCUGACUUUUGCCACCGCCGUUCUAGCCAGC